AUGUCUGUCGCUAUUUCUACCUUACAAGACCGUCUUCAGGCCGCGUCGACAGACUUUCAAAAAAUUCAAAAUGAUCUCUCGAACGUGGUAGAGGCUCGACAGCGGUUGGAGGCUCAACUGUCCGAAAACGAGCUCGUGAAGAAGGAAUUCUCGCAAUUGACUCCUUCAAAUACCGUAUACAAAAUGAUCGGUCCGGUGCUCGUGAAACAAGACCAGGCGGAGGCGAAGAGCAAUGUAGACACACGACUGGACUUCAUUAAGGGAGAGAUGAAGCGCGUCGAGGCGCAACUAAAGGAACUGGAUGAAAAUUCAGAGAAGAAAAAGAUGGAGAUUGUUGAGAUCCAGACUGCUCUCCAAGCACCCCAGGCUUCUGCAUCUACGUAA